AUGUCAAAAGAUUUUUAGCUUCAGCAAAUUACCUAGGAAUUGAAGUAGAUAUGGGGCGAGAAGUUAUACUGUUAAAAUGAUAAAUUAUUACAUAUUUUAGUUAAGAAAUUAAUAGACACUGAUAAAGCAAAUGAAUAAAGUUUUCAAAAUAUGAAAUAAGACUUAAUUUAUGCAAAUAACACCUUAUAAAACUGCUUUCGCACUGUCAUCUUUGAACGUCACUCAGAGGUACUAGAUAAGCUACCCGAAGAUAAAAUAGGAAAGACAUCCAUUAACAAAAAGAAAUCUCAAGACCUGAUAAAUGAAGCAUUUUUAAACGAUUUGGUAAAUAGUAAAAACUAGCCUUAACUUUAAGAGGAACUUUAUCGUUUUCUAGUAGAUUACAGCUUUGCAGUACUAAGAAUAUAAAGAAUUCUAAAUUAGCCUAAUAAGCAAACGUAAUAAAUUUAAGGCAUUGGUCAAGCAGGCGAACAGUGGUAGCAGUAGUAGUAGUAGUAGCAACAGUAAUAUGGAUAUUAUCAGCAGAAUCCUUCUGCAUCUAUGAAUAGAUAGUAGCAGUAGUAGCAGCAAAUGCCAUAUUAAUAGGAUUAGCAAUAUUUUAAUUAAAAUUUAAUAGAUCCAUCAGAUCCUUCUCUUAAUUAGCAACAGUUCUCUUCAUAUCAAGGAAAUGGCACAAACCCUUACUCCUAUGCAAAUAGCGGAAAUACUUAUUAGAACGUAGAUUCUAUAUAAGAACCAGGUUUUUCAAGAGCUGACUCAAAUUAUAAUGAUGGAAUUUUUGGAAAUGACGCUGACGGAGUAGAUCCCAGCAAAAAUAAUUUAGGUUAUCGUACGGAUAACACUUACUUAGAUCCUUAUGAUAAUUUUAACAACGAUACGGGAUUAGGAAAUAAUGAAUUUGGUGGCGCUGGCCAAACAAAUAAUUUGCUUAAUGGAUCUAGCAGGUAAGGCGAUUAUUACAGUAAUAUAGACUAACAAUUUUUACCUCCAGAUUAGUUCUUGGGUGUAGAUUAUAAUAAAACUGAUGAUUUGGGCGAUAUAUACGAUUCUUAUCCUGCUGAUCCUUAUUCAUAACCCCAAAAUCAGUAGUAAAAUUAGCAGCAAAUGCAGGUAUAGAUUAAUUAGCCCCUUUAAUCCCAACCUUUAUAAAAUAAUUAGCGCUACAUGCCAUAGUAGGGUUAACCUCCCUAACAGCAGUAAUUUAAUUAGAAUUAUCAAAAUAAUCCUCCUCCAGCUGGGUAUCUACCCUAAGGAGUUCCAGUAAAUGCACCUUAGAAUCCUCCUAAUAUGCCUUAAAGUUAGCAUGAUAAUUAUAAUUAAAUUAAUUCUCUUUAGAGCAGUGGCGUUUAUGGCCCUCAAAAUAACUAAAUUAAUUAAAGGUCUCCAAAUAUGACCGGAGCUCCCUUACAAGAUAUGUAACAAAUACCCUAGCCAAUCAAUAAUGACUAUACUUAAUAAUAACAUAGUGCUCAACCUGGUUAUAUAUAGUAAAAGAAUUCAAAUUAAAUUGCUGGAUCUAAUUCAAAUUUAGAUUAAUAAGCGUAUUUUUAAUAAUAGCAACAAUAUAAAGGUAUUCCUCCAAUUAAUAAUUCUAUGAAUUAAAUGAAUCCUUAAUAAAUUUCUCAAUUGAAGCAUCAAUAAUUAUAGUAAAAUACACCUAUGCAACCCUAAAUUCCUCCUAACUAGCCACGUCCUCUUGCAUAAUAACCACAACCUAUUGGGGGACUCUCUUCUUCUCAAUAGCAAUAGAAUACUUCUUUGCACAAUUCCCUCGUCGGAAACAGAGCAUAGCCAUAACAAUAAAAUUCACAAUAAAUAUAAUAAUAACAAUAACCUUCUUUAUUUAAAUUACCUAAUUAAGAAAUAGAUACUCCCCAACCACAACCAGAUUACAAUUAAGCUGUUCCCUUGAAUGGAUCAGUGCACGCAACGAUGAAUUAUUAAUAGGCUCCAAAUAAUCAACAUUAAGGAGUUCCAAAUUAAUUUAAUGCUCAAUAAUAAGGAAUUAAUGGUUUACAAGCAUACUAGUCUUUGAAUGAAUCUAAUCAUAGUUUAGCAAAAGGGGGUAAUAGCAAUCAUGGCUCAUAGCAUAGAAGUAGUAACAAUAAGUAAAUGCAACCCCCUUAAUAGGCAGGUGGAUCUCCUUACAAUCCAUAAAAUAUUCCUUAUUAAUAAAAUCCUGCAUAGCCUAUUUAAGGUAAUAAUUAAGGCUUAUCUUCAUCAUCCUAGUUUGCAAAUCAGCAAGGAAAGUUUCCUCCUUAAAACAUAAACCCAGUUUAACCACAAAAUGGACCUAUUUAUCCAAAUUAAGCUGGCUAAUUAUAAGGAAACUAAAAUAUGUAAUAACCUCCCUAUAAAGGACCUAACUUGAAUAGUAGCUUGGAAAGAAUGAAUUUAAGACCACAAGAAGAUGGACUUAAAAACAGCUAUCACCAAGGAAAUCCUUAGUACAACAACCCUCAGAACUUUUAGCAAGGUAUUCCAGUUUAGAAAGGUGGAAAUCCGAACAAUAUUUAAUCAUCUAACGACUUAAAAUCAAGUUAUUAGCAAAGUUUUAACUAAUUACCAGGUUAAACACAACCUCCAAAUAUAGCUUAACAAUCCUACAACUCAAAUAAAAUAGAUCCAUAGAAUCCAGGAAAUCAAAAAGGACAGAUUAAUCCAAAUCCUUAAAUGAUAAAUAAGGGUAUGAUAAAGCAAGACGGAAGUAACCCUGCAUAAUUUAAUUCAGGUGGGAUAGCAGCUCCUACACCCACUCCGAUGAAUUACCAACCAGGAUAGCCUAUUCCAUAAUAAAUGGAAUAAUAGAUUCCUCCCUAAACUAUACCAACCACUCAGCCAGGAUCAAAAGCUAAUUAAGCUAAGUUAGCUCUCUAGUAGCAUUAAUAGUAAUAAAUAGUAGGGAAUGGUGGGUAUAAUUAAGCUAACCAGUAAUAAUAAUAACCACCAGGUGUAUAAACCAAUCAAAAGAGAAUGAGCCAACCUAUAUAAGGCCCAAACUAGAUAGACCCUCAGUUAUAAUAAUAGUAAUACAAUUAAAUCCAAUUCAAUAGUGUAUAAAUUCCCUCAAUGCCUCAAGGAAACACUGUACCAGUUGGGCCAGCAGGAGUCGCACAAGUAUAAGGACCUCCAGGAACAAUAGUACCUGGACCAGGAGGGUAAGGAUAUGUUAAUAACGGAAAAUAAGCAGCUCAAAAUAACAAAUUUUCAGCUGGCCAACCAUAAGGACCAUAAUAGCAACAACCAUAGUUAUAAGGAAAUUAACAACAAUAACAACUACAAUAGUUAGGUUUAUAGCAACAGAACACCAACCAAUAGCCAAAUUAGCAGAACAAUUUAUAGCCGUAGUAAGUUUAAUCAUAGUAAUAGCAGUAGUAGCAGCAACAACAACCAAUUGUGGGAUAAGGUUAUUCACCUAACUUAAUACAAAAUGCACAACAAGGGAAGUCCUAUAACGUUGGAGCCAAAAACGGUGAGAAUAAUUCGCCGCGGAAUUCGAACAUGAACGAGAGCUCCUCAACGAUAAAUGAAUAGCAUAAUCAAUUUUUCCCUUCAAAUAAACAGUAAACACUAAAUGCCUCAGUGACCCAAACACCAACUCAAGAAUACCCUCCAAGCCAAGGUCCAAGCCAUCAUAUUCCUCCUUAAGGUUAUCCUCACCACAUGUACUAGAAAAAUUAAAAUUACCCAGCUGACCCUAACAACCCAUAAAUGAUUUAGUAGCCAUAAUAGCCUCCUUUUAUGUCAAAGGGGUAAUAUUCCAAUACUUACUAAUCUCACUAACAACAAUACCCAUACCAAGCAAUAGAUCCAAAUAUACCUUAAUAACACUAAAUGAUGCAAUAAGGACCUUACAACAAUGUGCCUCCUUAAUAAAAUUAGGCUCCUGUUAAUCGUUAAAUCUCAUAAACAAAAAUAAUGGAGGACUAAAUGCAAUCUAUUUAACAGAAUCAAUAAUAAAACCCUUAAUUUUAGCCUUAACAAUGGAUGGGUUAGUAAAGAGGUAAUCCUCAAGGGCCAAAGUAGAAUUAAUAAAUGAUGAAUCCUAACUAUUUUAACCCUCAAGCGCAACAAUAAAAUAUAGUGAAAAAUGGAUACCAAUAAUAAAACUCAACAAACAAUAUAGAAAAUAAUGAUAUGAAUAAUAGUUCUUACUUCAAUUAGUAAAUAGGAGAAUAACCUAAAUUAGAAGAUUAAACAUAGCGCCCUAAUGAUUCUAUGUCUAACUUAGAUUAGUAGUAGUAAUAAUAUUUAGGGAAUAGCAAUAGUUAAUAACUAAAAAAGACUUAGUUGAAUUUAGGAGGUGGCAGGUAAAUUCCUAUUGAAUAGCAUCAAAAUGCAAUUAAUAUGUACGAUAAUAAUGCAAAUCCAGAAAACAUGUAAGACGCUAAUGGAGAAAUUAGAAAUCGCCAUAAUAAUUCUUAAGAGUUAAAGAAGUAAGAUUAAGGUUAAUAAGGAGGUGGUGCAUAAGUUGUAAAAUGGACUCCAAAUUAAUCAGGAUUAAAUCAAGAUGAAGAUUUAUGUUUAAUUAAAGAAGUUUUUUCUAAGUCUAACUCUUAUGACUAAGAAAUGCAAAGAUAAAUUACAAGUGAAGUUUAAAAAUUCAAGUAAAAUAAUUAAAAUCUUACAAUUAAAGCAAUAAGAUCAUAGGAUGAACCUUCUUUUAAGCUGGAAAUAAAAGAUAAAAAGAGAAAAGAUUUUAAAGAGCUUGUCCUUAUGGUAUGCCCAAGAAAAGACUCUCCUUAUGAAAUAACUGAUUGUAAAAAUUUAUGGAGUUUAAAUAAAUAAAAAAUCCCUAAAACAAAUUCUUUGAUGGAUAUAAUAAAAUUCUGGUGGAAGUUUGAAUUCCAAACAAUCGAAGAUGAAAAAAAGUAAAACUCUAACAAUAACUCUGGAGGAAUGCAUAAUUAACAUUAAUAAAUGCCUCUUAAUAAUAUGAAUAACAUGGCAUUAUAAAAUAAUAUUAACCAAUAUUGA